GCAUGUUUGUGUAUAUUAGUUGCUUGAGGUCAUGUGCGAAAGAAAACAGGGAGAGGGAGGUGGAUCUGAGAAUAGCAAUUGUGUGGUACGCUUCUUGCUCCUUUUUUUUUCUUUUGGUCUUUUCUCUUGAUUCAACUUCCCAAUCUUAUUAAAUAUUCUGCCUUCAUGACAACGUCUGCUGCUGUCCAAAUGCCGAAUUCCGAGCCUGUCAAUGACGACCUUAGCAUACACGCAUCGUCCGACUUGCGAAGGAAUCGACUGCUCCGCCCCAUGCAAAGCCAGCCCAACUUGCGCUAUGCAAUAACGACCACACCUAGUACACAACUUACAGCAACGCAUGCCAUUUACAACAGCAGCAACAACUAUAACAGUAGUAGCAGUAGUAGCAGCAAUACUCCAACCACGAAGCUGCAUAAAUCCGUAGAACCACCUCUAAGUCGAACCCAGCACAAACUCCUACUCCAACGACAAUCGUUUUUGGCUGACGACAAGGACUAUUUGGAACAUCCAGCCAACAUGAAACGCCUAACCAAAGAACUCGACCGCGUAAAUCGUGAAUAUCAAUGUGUACGAUACUAUGAGCAUCCAUUAGCAGACUCGUUCCGUAGAGUAGCUUUAGCCAACUCAGUAUCACCACCACCACCACCGCCACCACUGACAUCACCAUCAUCAGGAGGAACAUAUCACUAUUCGUCUUUGGGUUGUUCAACAGCAUCUUCUUCGUCGACAGCAUCAUCGUCAUCCUCGUCGCCGUCGUCAUCAUUCUCAUCCUCGUUUAAUACUAUCGGAUGUCGUUCGCCACCCGGUUAUAUUGAUGUUAAUAAUAUAACCCCACGAUUACAACGACGAGCAUCUGCACAAGAAUUAUUGAUGCUUGCAGCAAACAAGCAACAACAGUCUCCACCAACACCACCUAGUUUAUUGAGUCGACUAUUCGGUCAGCAACAAACAACGUUGACUUUGCCACCCACGUCACAUCAUCCUCAUCAGCAAUAUAUUCAUUAUCAUCAUCUUAAACGCCACUCGCAUACUGCCGCGUGAAACCUUCUUUUUCUGGAUUGGAUGGGAACGAGGGGGCCACGACGAAAGGUGAUGGAUGAGGAAGGAGUGUGUGCAAAUUACACCUCAUUUCAUCAUUGCACAGAAACUAGGCAAGGGGAAGUUGUGGUGCAAUAUUAUAUAUGGUGUGCUGUGCUUCUAGGGGAUGGCUAUCAUACUUUACCAUACUACUACUAUCUUGAUUUUCGCAUGGAUGUCGCUUAAUUGUUUUCAACAACACCCACUAUCAAUACUACCGACACUAUAUUAUAUUAUAAUGAUUAUCAUUGUCUUUCAAGUUUUCUGUUCCUCCCUCAUUGAUACGAUUCUUACUCUUAACUACAAUACUCAGCAGCUAUUACAUACUAUACCCGGAAUAUAAACCUAUACUAUUGACAACAAAACCAAU